ACUAUUCACGAUUUAAAUCCUUAAAAUCUUUAAAAUCUCACGAUUUUACUAUUCAAAUUUUUGAGUCAAUUUUACUUAUUUUCCCUAGAAUUUGCAAAAUUACGCCUCUUUUUCUUCUCCUCCACCAACAUCAUCUAGUUCUCUCACACUAACCACCAUGGACUAUAAUAAAUUCACAUCAACGUAUUAAUCUCAUCGAUUCACCACCUCUUAACAUUAAUCUUGAUAAAUUGGAACAUUAACUUUGAAAAUUUAUCAUUGUAAGUGUUAUGUGCUUUUGUGUUAUUCAUGAUUUUCCUUACUGAUAUUAUUCCGUCUUGAUUUUAUUAUGGACCUUAAAAUCCUACGAUUUUACGAUUCCGAUUUUACCCUCAUUUUCGAUUUUACAUAAAAUCCCGAUUUUGACUGCUUUGGCUCAGCGUACUUGUGUUGCUAGCACCGUGGUGUUCUUUGAAAAUAUGCGGUUUUUCGAACAUGAGUCUACUUCCGAGUCAGUCUUUCCCCUGUCUGGUGUAUUGCCCAAUGCCCAUGUUCCAUGAUGAUGCCGCUCCUACUGAUGAUCAUUUGCUUGAUCUCCCUCCUACCGAUCUUGACUCCCCAGGUUCAUCUCCUGUCCAUCCAUCCUCGGCUGGUUCAACUUCUUCUUCCAGCUCGGCAGGGAGCUCCUCAAGCAACUCGGCUGACUCCCCUCCUACAGCUCCAACCGCUCCCUCGGCAAUUCCUCCUCACCGUUCACUUCGUUCAAACAAAGGUGUUCCUCCUAUCCAUUUUGAUGAUUAUCAUGCAUACGGAGUUGAUACAUUGGUUAUUCCAACUCGGUAUAAGGAUGCACAGAGUGAUCCUCGGUGGGAGGAAGCAAUGGGGAGUGAAUUUGAUGCUCUCCAUGCGAAUCACACUUGGGAUGUCGUUGACCGUCCUGCUCCUGAUACUCCCACAGUUGGAAGUCGGUGGGUGUAUGCAAUUAAGAUGCACCCUGAUGGAACUAUUGAGCGCUUCAGGGCCAGAGUUGUUGCUUUGGGAUAUACUCAGGAGCACCGGGUGGACUAUAAUGAGACAUUUGCUCCUGUAGCUCGUAUGUCGAGUGUUCGGACUCUACUGGCUGUAGCAUCUAUGAAGAAUAGGUCAUUGUCUCAACUCGAUGUGAAGAACGCUUUCCUGCAUGGGGAUCUAGAUGAGGUAAUUUACAUGGAAAAACCUCCAGGAUAUAAUGUAGGGAAGCCAGGACAGGUAUGCAGACUUCGUCGAUCUCUAUAUGGUUUGAAACAAGAGCCAUGGGCGUGGUUUGAAAAAUUUCAAGGCACUCUAACAGGUUUUGGCUACUGUCAAAGUCUGAAUGAUCCUUCCCUAUUUAUCAAGAUCACUUCAAGAGGUAUAGUUCUUCUCCUACUGUAUGUCGAUGAUAUGAUCAUCACAGGAUCUGAUUCGGAAGGGAUUAGGCUGUUGAAAGAAGGGUUGCAGGUAACUUUUCGAAUUAAGGACCUGGGCAAGCUUUCUUAUUUCCUGGGUCUCGAAGUUCUACGUUCUGACACAGGAAUCUUCUUAUGUCAACAAAAGUACAUCACUGACCUGUUGGGUGAUCACAACAUGGAAGAUUGUACACCAGUAAGUACUGCAAUGGAACUCAAUUUGAAGUUAAGCAAGGAGUCAGGAGAAAAGAUAAAGGAUGGUGCACAGUAUCGAAGUAUUGUUGGUAGUCUGAUAUACUUAUCGGCUACUCGACCUGACAUUUCUUAUGCAGUGCAGUUGGUUAGUCAGUUCAUGGCAGAUCCUCGGACUAAACACUUGCUGCAGUCUAUCGUAUACUGAGAUAUUUGCGUGGAACCAAGGAGCUGGGCCUCAUGUUUCCAUCGUCUGGGAAGGCUAUGCUGUGAGCAUAUUCAGACUCUGAUUAUGCAGGUUGUGUUGAUACUCGACGAUCCACUACAGGUUGGUGUGUUCAGUUCGGGAAUUCUUCUAUCUCGUGGAGGUGUAAGAAACAAGACAAGGUAUC